CGAAUAGCUCCUAUGCGACGUCGUUGAAGAAACGCGUCCAGAAUGCGACGUUGUUGGUGGAUAUAGCUCUCAUGCGACAGCUGAGAUGGCCCAAAUAGCCUAUGUGCGACAGUCGGCCCAGACACAUGUUAGUGGUAGUAUUAUGUGAUCCUCGCGGGUCCCACAACUUAUACACAUCAGCCGAGGGGCCUCAAGCGUGGGUCCCACAACUUAUACACAUCAGCCGAGGGGCCUCAAGCGCGGGAUCCACCAGUUGUCCACGUCACGGCGUGGGACCCACAACUAACAACUGAAAACAGAGCCGCCACUCCCCGGAGCCAUCCAACGCCACCAUUCCGACCGUUGCCCGCACCUUCCACCCCUCUCCCCUCUUCUUCUCGGGCUCCGGCGACAAAUCGCGGCGGCAGAUGUCGAGCGCUUCAUCCUCCCAAUCCUGCUGGCCGCAGUAUGGUCCAGUGCCGAUGACGAGGUGCCCGGAUUGCCCCCGUACCGCACCCCUGAAGCGGCGUGUCACCAUGUCCGACACGCACGGCAAUCUUGGGCGCGAGUAUGUCAAGUGCGACAGCAAGCCAGAGCUGGGGAAGGAUCUACGCAGUUGCAAGCAUUUUGAGUGGUUGGACGAGUACAUCGAUAGGAUUCAAGGUCAAGGCGCAUCCCUGGGGCUGAUGUUGGACAAAUCUGUAGCUCCCACCACCGGCGGGCUUGCUUCAACUGUUGGGAAUGGGGAAGAAUUCAAGGCAGCUGAGUUGAAUGAGCUGAAGCAGAUGCACAAGCAGAUGAAGAAACUCGUGGUUCUGAAGAAGCAGGAUAAUAUGAUGGCUGCAUUCUUUUAUCUUUGUGUAAUUGCUCUUGGGAUUGCUUAUGUGCUGAUCAUUAGUCGAUAGACGAUGAAGUUAGAUAUGAAUGA